CUGGAGAAAAAGAAAGUGCUGCGGAGCUCGCCCAGUGGAUCUACCAGUUCGACUUUAUAGAAGUAAUCGACGAACUCGGCUUUAAACUGCACGUUAUGACUUUCUGGGUUUUAGAGACGAUCGGACCACAAGGCGCUUCAUCUCCGUAGAUCAGGUGCGCUUCCAGAGGGUUGUUAAUGGAGCGCGCAGAGGACGGCGUCCAGGCGCAGUGAGACACGUCUGCAACAGCGCGGCGCGCAGUGUUUGCGCAAGGUGGGGUAAUCAGCAGCUGGCUUCUGUCACACAAAGUUAAAAUGUCUAAAAAAAGCAGUUUAAGGAAAAGUCUGUCCAGGCUCUUCUCCAAGAGCGAGAUGAAUCUGAAAGACUACGACAGACGCGAGGACGGCAGCGGACGCUCCCUAAAGCAUUUAUUCAGGAGCAAGCGGGGCAAGAAGAAGAAGGAUGAAAGGGUGAAGGAAGAAAUGGAAAAGGAGAGCAAGGGCAGACCUCACUUAGAUGAAGAUGAAGCAACUCGACCCCCGAUUGUGGAAAAAAAGCUCAGUGAGAAAACGGGUUCAAAACAGACCCUUGUCUAUGGAGCGGGGUCCAGGUCAAAGAAACGGAGUCGCAGCUACUCGGAAUCAGACCUGCGGAAGGGGACCCUCUUCAAAAGGUUCAGCACCUUCAUGAGCAGUGGGGCACGGAAGAAGAAGGGCAGCCAAAUCGACAUGAGCAGCAGUUCUGCCAACCUCCAGCCAGAUGAGCGGGGCUCCACUGGACAUCUGGUCAGCAGACAUUCAGCUAGGAAGCCAAACAGCAGCGCAAGUAAAUCCACCGACUGUUUGCAGUCAGAUCUUUGUGAUAGUCUGAAUCCCCUGAACACCUCAAGGGAUCAGGCACUGAACAAACAAGGAAAGCUUUUAUUGACAACAUCAUUUGACAGCUUACCCAGAAACAGGGCCGCUCAGGCUGUUCCCUGCUCUGAAAAUGAAGGAUCAUCAUUGCAUAACCAGUCCAUGGUUCACAUUCAGAAGGCAGAGGAUGAAAAGUCUGUAACUUCAGAGAAGCUCCCAGAGUGGGCAGAAACCAUCUUGUCUUCAUACCUUGGACCAAAUGUUCCUUCAGGUGAAGAAGCAAACUUAGGGCAGCACCUAGACAGCAAGGAAAGUGCCAAAGAUCUUUCAAGCUCGCUAUAUUGUACACAGAAGCUAGAUGAGCAGGAGCUUAGACCAAUUAACUCAGUAACAUCCAGCCAAUCAGGAAGUCUGAACCGAAAUGCAAAGACAACACAAUACAACAUCACAAUCCAUAUGACCAAAAAAGAGAAGAAUAGGGAUGCAAAAGGAGGUAAGAAGGUACCAGAAUGGGAAAACAGCAAAACAGCGAAGCCACAGAGGAGCAUCAAAGACAUCAACAAUUUAUCAGUCAAAAAAGAAGUCAAGACAGUACCGCACAGAAACAUUCAGGGUAAAAUAGAGGAGAGGGCUUUGGACAGAUAUGGAAAUACUAGAACCUUGUCCAAGGAACUCCAGUCUUCAUCUGAACUGGUACAUUCUACAAAAGGACGUGGUGUCUCAACUGGCCACAAAGCCACUGCAGACCCAAGAAAAAGUAUUACUGACAAGAGUGCUGCCGAGGUCAGUGAAAUGGAAAGUGGUGUUGAUGGACUUGUUCCAUCCGAAACAGAAUUCAACACUGAUGAUGAAAAUCACCAGAUGUACCUGUUGAGAAUUCAGCACUGGGCAAACCUUCCAGAAUUUGAUGCAAGCAAGAGUGAGUCAGACAGAGAGAGCCAUUUUCUGGAGGCAUCCGAAGAUGAGGACCUCAGUCUCUACACGGAUGCUUUACUGAAUGCCAGGACUGUGUACCCAACAAUAGAAGCGACAGAAGAAGGCAGGAAUAGAAGUCACUAUAUGACAGAAUUUUGUGGUGGAGUCUUUGUGAAUGGGCAGGAUGCAAUUGAUGCUAAUGAAAUCAAAAGUCAACAGGACAUGAACAAAGGCACUAGUGGAUGUACUCAGUCAGACAUUGAAUUCGGAGCACUGCAUUCAAUGAAGAUGCCAACUUGUGAACCUGCACACAAAAGAAAGGUAGGCAUGCAAGACAUAAAUUUGGGCCCAGCCAUUAGUGAUAUUGGACAGUCAGAGACUUGGAUGACAGCAGUGAGUAAUGGUGAAGCAACUUGUAAAAAUGAAAGCUUAGAGGAGAUUAAUCACAUGGGAACUGAUAGGUUGGACAGCACUGGUCCUAAAUCUGGAAGUGCUGACACCGAUCUUGGCAACCAUGCUGCGAGCAGAAUGGAUGAGCAAAAGGUGGAAAAGGGAGAAAGGAAUCUUACCACAUUAUCAAAGCAUAUGGACCCAACCCAGCAGGAGGACUUUAUAUCCACACAGGUAUUUGUAAACCCAAAGGUCGACCCCUGCAUUCAAAAUUCAGAAGAUCUAGUAGAACCCAACGGUAGUAAUGCUAAUCCUGGACAAGGCACAGUGACGGUCAAGAAAUACUUCUCUUCAGAGAUGGUGCUCGAUGUGGUGGAAUAUCAAACAGUCGCAUCAGAGCAACAUGUUCAUAACAAGACAGAGUCAGAACAUGAAGAUUCAAGCAAGAUGAUGAAAAAUAAAGAAUAUUUGAUUGCUACAGAAUCAGAGAAGAUGAGUCCGAUUUUUGGAAAAGAAGCCAUGGAGUGUUCAAGUGCAAUUGAUCUUACUGAUGAAUUAGAACAUUCUACAGCAAAACAUCCUAAAACCAAGGCAGAAUCUACUAUGAUGGCUGAUGGAGUGAGCAACUUUCAAGAAAAGCCUUAUCUUGACCGAGAUGAGCAGAGUACAACCCACAAUGAAAAAGUCCAACAAUUGAAUCCUGAUGAGCAUAACCUAAGCAUGGGCAAAACAACCAUAGUGACUCAAGGAGAAGGGGAAUUAGAUUUGGAAGCUUCAGUGAUAUUGAGUGAAGAGCACCAUGCAAAUGAGGAGUUUAAAAACAGAAGUCAAUGCAUAUCCUCACAUGUGCAGAUGGAUUCCCCAAAAAUCAAAGAAAUGUCUACAUUAACACACUUAGACUGUGAAAAGCACAGAAAAGAAACAGAAGAAGAUACUGGAACUGUGAUUUCUGAGAGCGGCACACUGGUUGACACUGACACUUUAGCACAAGCAGACCAUGCCAGUGGAAGGCUGGGUAGGCAUUUGGAAGGCCAGUAUAGCAACUCCACUAACCUCCAUGUGACUGUCCAGCAACUCAACACUGCAGAUGGAUCCCUGGAAAAUAAUGGAGAAAAGAGGGAGGACAGAGGCACUUGGCAUUCUGUUGUGAAAGGUCAUGAAGCUGCUGUCUCUGGUUUAAACUUGGACAGCCAAGGCAGUCUGGUCAAUGUUAGUUCAGACAGCCAACCUCAACUGGCUAUGUCCUUACUGGGAGAGUGCAAAGGUGAGGAUGACUUUCAAAAAGAGUUGCCUGGAAGGGCCAGUCCCCCCGUCCUGGUGCAAGCCACCCCUGAAAAUACAGACCCUGUAGGACAUCGUGGAAAAAUAUGUGAUACAAACCAGCCGACCUGUCCAAUUGGAGCUCACGCCUUGGAAGCGGGAUCUGGGAACCAUCUCGACGGAAGUGGCCGUUCGGACUCGGGCAAUGAGUUGCGGACAACAAAGCAGGUGACAGGACCCGAAGAGGAGUCCAAAAACGCUUGUGCCACCUUACGCCACGAUCAGUUUGUAACAGGAGAUCAAGUCUCAGAGCCUUGUGGGUUUGAAGCCGGUCCUCUGGACAACGUGGGGCUGACACAGACGGGACGAACCAUCGGGGCGGCAGCCCGUGAAUCGCAGCCAACUUUAGCCACCUCGGGCGAUAAGCGAGGGCAGGAAUGUCAGAUGAAACUCACAUCACCUGUUCCGCUGGUUUCCCUGGGAGAGGAAUCUCAAACAUCUCUUCCUGAAGGCGGGUGUGGAGCCAACGGCAGGGAGGAGCCUGCGAAACGUGCCAAAGGUGUUGCUGCUGAGCUGACACCACCCACUCAGAUACGAAGCGACGAAGCAGCAGACCCUCUGCCGCAGAAAGACUCUCAUGCGACUGACAGCCCGGCUCAAGCAAGUGGUCGGCCGACGGGAGAGUGCCAAGUGGACGAGCAGAAACAUCUCGCAGGGUCUCUGCCUGUACAUGGAGCUGCUGGCCAACUGAUACAUGACAGAUUUCUUUAUGAGGACCCCACGCUAUCAGAGGAGGCAGCAGAAAUGAGCUACAAAACAUCUAGUGGUGGGAGAUCUGGCCUUGUUAGUUCCACUUUACAUUUGAAAAUACAGUCCCAGUGGAACCAUGGAGAUGAAGACCAGGCAAAAUCCCGCACAGUGUUCCUGUUUUCGGACGAAAAAGACAUAACUGAUGGAUACCUGCCGCCUGAAGCUAGAGCCGUCAAUGGGGAAAGUCUGUCUCCAGUGCAGAGGAACAGCCGGAGGUUUCUUUUGCCAGAUAAACCAGUGGAGGACGGUGCUGGAAGAAGGUUAUUCACUUAUGAGCCUCAACAGUAUAAUUCAGGGCGAGGUUCAAUAAGCACAACGAAUCACAUCCGGGUCCCGGGAAAUACAAUGGAAUUUGUUAAUGAAAACAAAAAUGGCAGUUUUCCAGCUCAUCAAGUCCCUGCCCAUCAGGCGGACGACAGAGUCUCCAAUCACAUGUUCAUGCUUAAAGACAACAGCAACUCCAAAGGUCAACAAACCUCUGCUGUACAGACCAAACCCACUGUGCAAAUUUGGGAGGAUCCUCAAGCAAGUCUGACUUCAACCUUGAAUUCCAGCUGUGAAGAUGACUCUGACAAAGACAGCAUCUUCAAAGCGGAGCUUGUGCAAUUUAUUCCCAUCGACAAGGAAGAGGAAGAGGAUGAGGAUGAGGAAGCAGAUACCUCUUUGGAUAUUGACAGUUUUGUGGAUACUCUCCGAAGCAUCAAUCCUCCCGUAACUCUGAGGAGAAAGACAGGGACCAGGGCUCCAAGGCCAGUCUCCCUUCCAGCAUCUUUGCCACCCAUUGAUGAGAACCUCCCAUCUCCUGAUGUGCCCCCACCACCCCUCCCUAUAUCUUCCUCAAAAUCAAUCGAGUGCAUUGCUAGAAACCCUGUGAAACAGAAAUUGAACCCAGAACUUCAACUUAAAGACAGGCUAAAUUUAUCCUUACCACCAUCCUUGAACAUGAGACAAGGUGGAACCAAAGAAUUCCUAACCCCCUCAGAGAUGAUGCGCCACUUGGUGGAAGACAAACCUAGGGUCCCAACUGUAAAUCGAGCAUCUGCAGACAACAGCAUUGUCUUUUCAAAAACCAGCAUCCUUUCAGGCCUGGGCGCCUCUAGCAAUUUGUUGUCAGGGAGGCUAGAGACCAGGUUGACCCCAACAGAUGACAAGCAGUUCUCCAGACUGGGAAACAGCUUCCUUUUUUCAAACUACAAAUCUCAGGAAGCAAGAGAGCGACCCAUUGAAAAUGGCAAACGCAGCUCACUGGCUGACAGUCUGUAUAGAUUUUCCUCCAUGCCUGAUCUUUCCAGCUCCGUAGAGAAGAGCUUAGGGUAUGGGGAUGUAGGCAAAAUGAGUGCCUAUGAGCGCUUAUCCUUCCUGUCAUCUCCAACAAGUUCCCUGCCAGGGACUUACGAGAGGUUAAAGGUUAGCCUCCCACCUUCUGUCCCACAGUUUAAUAGGCAGACUUCCAUGGACUCUCUGAGGGAGGUGGCUUCAGCUUCACCAACUGUCACACCACGGAGACACCACACUGUGAAAUAUAGAGCCUUCCCUGAUGCCUACCAAACCAAGGAAAAAGAACACGGAAAAAUCAAUCCUCGCCCUGGAAAGAUAUACAUCUAUGAUCAACCAGGCUUCACCGGCAAUAGAACAGAGAUUUAUAGUGAUGUUAUAGAUGCUACUUCUUGGGUCUUUCCUGAAACCAUCUCAAUCCGAGUGGUGAGAGGAGGAUGGGUGUUAUAUGAAAAGCCUGACUUUAAGGGGGAAAAAUUUGCCUUGGAAGAAGGAGACAUUGAGCUUUCUUGCCCAUUUGAACAGACAGAAGAACACAACCCAGAGCCAGACGACCCUCCCAGAAAGAAGUUUGUCAUUGGCUCAUUGCGGAGAGCAGUCAGGGACUACAGCGUUCCUGAACUGUGCCUAUUCCCAGAAGAAAACGCAGAAGGGAAGAAGGUCAUAUUCCGAGACACAUCCGAGGAUGCUCGCAUUUACGGUCUUCCAAUCAGAGCUAAUUCCAUAAUCGUCAAUGCUGGCUUGUGGCUGGUCUAUGCAAAGCCUUUCUUUGAAGGAAUCCCUCACGUUAUUGAAGUCGGAGGGUACAGCAACUUGAAGGCGUGGGGUGCAAAACAGCCAGAUGUCUGCUCCGUUCAUCCACUAAAAAUAGGUGAACCAAAGGUUGAAAAUAUCAAUGAACCAAAGGUGAUCAUCUAUGAAAAACCAUACUUUACAGGAAAAUGCAGAGAGGUAUACACUGACACCCGGGACUUCAUGACCCGAACAGAUUCACAGAAUGUGUUUAUGUCCAGUGCAGGGUCCAUUAAAGUAUUAGGAGGCUGCUGGGUGGGCUACCAGAAAGAGGGUUUUCGAGGACACCAGUACCUUCUGGAAGAGGGAGACUUCCAUGACUGGAGAGUGUGGGGAGGUUGUGAUUCAGAGCUCAAGUCUCUACAUCUAAUUCGAGCGGAUUUUUCAGACCCUGAAAUGGUUAUGCAUGAAUAUAAUAAUGAGGACGUGGAAGUGCAGAGCUUUCAUGUAGUAGAAGCCACACCAGAUCUGGAGCUCCUUGGUUACAAAUCAACGAUCCAGUCCAUCCAUGUCCUCAGUGGGGCGUGGAUUGCAUACUCUCAUGUGGAUUAUUCGGGGAACCAGUAUAUCUUAGAAAAAGGGUAUUACCAUACCUGGCAAGACUGGGGAGCCAGUGACUUUAAGAUUGCUUCUGUUCAGCCCAUCUUAAAGGCAAAUGGAGACAGCCCUAGCUUCAAAAAUAAGAUUUAUCUCUUUUCUGAGCCCAGUUUCCAGGGGAACUGCUUAAUGUAUGACUCGGAUCGAGCCUGUAUCCCUGAAUCGUUCAAUCCCUACUCAUUCAGAGUUGUGGGAGGCAGCUGGGUUGUAUACGAAGGUCGAGAAUUCUCUGGAAAUCUGUAUGUUUUGGGAGAAGGAGAGUAUCCGAACUUUACCACCAUAGGCUGUGCACCUAACGUCAUCAUCCGAUCAGUCAAGAUGAUUCCCAUUGUGUUCUCAGAGUCGUCAAUCUCCAUAUAUAGCCUGGAGUGCUUUGAGGGGAAGGAAAUUGUGCUCAACUCCGAAAUUCAGAGCCUCCUGGCUGAGGGCUUCAACAACCACGUCCUGUCUGUGCGCGUCAAGGGAGGAAUAUGGGUGGCCUGUGAACACAGCAAUUACAGGGGAAGUCAGAUUCUGCUUGAAGAGUCUAUCGAGAUCACGAACUGGCUGAAAUUCAGUGAAAUGUCCAAAAUUGGGUCACUCUAUCCUAUUCGUCAGAAACGAAUCUUCUUCCAUUUAAAAAAUUGCCACAGAGGACAAUACAUGACCAUUCAAGGCGAUCAGGGAGAGCUGAAGUCUUGCCGGGUGGUUGUAUCAGAGCAGAUUGAUGGGAUGUCACAUGUUUGGUAUUAUCAAGAAGGCUUGCUUAAAAACAAGCUGGCCUCGGAUCUGAGCCUGCAGGUGGUUGGAAAUCCAGAGGAAGGCUCCAAAUUGGUGUUGUGGACGGAGUCCCGCAUCCCCCGGCAGUCUUGGAAGAUCCAGGCCGAUGGGCGAAUAUGUAGCCUUCUCUUUGAGGGAAUGACAAUUGAUGUGAAAGGAGGCAAGACCUAUGACAAGGACCAUAUAGUGAUGUGGUCAUCCUCUGACGAGCGACCUACUCAGAUUUGGGACGUGGAGAUCAUUUAACUGUAGUCUCCUUAUAUGUGAGCCAUAACGAAGUGGAUUCUCCUUAUCUUAUGGAAGACUGGCAGCUGGAGCAAAGACUGCACGGGAUUACGUUACUUGUUUAGGUCUCUGACUUGCUGGACAAGUUUAUGAAAAUGCAACUUCUAUUUUGUUUUGACCAUGUGGCAAAAAGACUGUAAAUAAUGUGACUCAAAAGCCUCAUGAAUACAAGGAGACGUUUGGUAACUAAAGGCUGCCACACUGUGAACCAAAACAUAAGCAAGCCAUAGUGCCAUCCUGUGAUUACACUGAACCUGUUUUUUUGCUUUUAUUUGUGAUUCUCAUCUAUCUAUCUAUCUAUCUAUCUAUCUAUCUAUCUAUCUAUCUAUCUAUCUAUCUAUCUAUCUAUCUAUCUAUCUAUCUAUCUAUCUAUCUAUCUAUCUAUCUAUCUAUCUAUCUAUCUAUCUAUCUAGUCAUUCAGCUCCUUCCUUUUUUUCUCAAUCUAUCGUUCUUCAUGUGAAUGUCAAAGUACCCUACUGUGUCAAUUUUGCUUUGCUUAAAAUCAUAAGGAACGUGGAUUGCUUUCCACUUUGACCUACUUGUUAUAUAGUUGUAAAGAAAAUAUAGGAAUGUGUCCCUGUAAAGCAGUUAAAAAACUGCCAUUUACUGUAUAAACCUCAAAUUGUAAUUAGAAUUCUUUAAAAUGAAAUCCUGAGGAGCCUCCUCCUGUGAUCUGGGGCAUGUGGACAUGGAGUCCACCUCCUGAUGUUGAGUCAGUAGAAUUUAAGAAUGAAGAGUAAAGCAAAUUGCAGCGCAAAAGCCUUCUUAGGGCCUGCUGGCCACAAUAACCAAUCAUAUAUGCUGUAAGUCACAUGACAAAUCUACUUCUAGCCUGAAAGCUGACUAAACAAUAAAAAUUUAAAAGAAGAAAAUAACAAGAAUAUUUAUUUCAAUGACACAUAUUCAUGCAUAGAAAUAGCUCAAAGUGCUGUGCAAUAUUAAUAACAAAACAUAGUUCCAAAUAGAAAGUGAUAACUAAGGAACUGCAGCAGUUUGAAACAGCAGAGUCUUAAUGACCAGCUUAAUUACAAAGUAUGGUCAGAUGGCUAGGGAGGGCAGACAAAUAAAAACUCCUUUUGGCAGCAUGUUGGAAAAAAUAAACCUGAGGGGUUCCAAGGACAAAAGACCACCCAAACCCCUCUAGGCAUUCUACAAUCCAUGAAUGUGUCACAAUUACGGGAUAUUCUUGCCUGGGGACAGUGGCACAUACAGUAGUGUCACCACAGAGCACUGGAUAAAAAGAAAACGCACAAAAGUAGUGAUCAAUGAACAGCCUAUAAAACAGCACAUAGAAUUGUAUUUAUUGAAAAGAACAAAUUUCUUCCUUCCCUCAGUAUGAAGGAAUGCUAGUGAUGCUAGUAAUUUCUUAAGUGAUCUUGAGAACCACAUUAAAGAGGUGGGUUUUUACUGUUUUUUUUUUUUUCCAACUGUACUGGCCCGACAUAUCUUUAAUGGUAAAUUAUUCCAGAUUUUUGGUGCGUAGAAACAGAAAGUGCAUCAUCAGUUCUUUUAUGCUUCACUCUUGGAAUACUGAGCAAGACAAGGAACAAAGAUUACAAUUAGGAAUACAGCGAACAAGUAGUCAAAAAAUUGACAAACGUUUUAGAUGUUUCAGCAAGUUAUCUACCAUGUAAUAAAACAGUACGGUCUGUGUGUGUGUGUGUGUGUGUGUUUUGUCCCCCAGAGCAGUCUGAUUAGUCAUUUUGGCUUUGGUGUGAUUGAUCAGCUUGACUUUGGUGACAUGAUUAAAAGAGAAAGUACAAGUGUGAGACACUCAAGGAAGAAUAAAAGUGUAGGAGGCAUACUGAGAGAAAGACAAGAAAUAUAAAAGUGAACAAGAGGCCAGCAAAUUGACUCGAAAUAAGAGUCUGAGAAGCAGGUUUUAUGGGAACACGCCGGGCAGAGGGAGCACCAGGCAAAAGAGAGGGUCAGACACACACAGGUAAUGAGGAGAGGCACUAAAGAUACACAUGCUAUAGGGUUAGAGAUAUCAAAUAUUUUUCAGUUUAUUCUAUUACAAGCCUGUCUUUUACAGGUAACGAGGCUAGUUUACAAUAACUGUAGACAUUUUUUAAAAUCACUCCUAAAGGACACUGGCUGCCAGUGUAGUGAUGCUAAGACUGGGGACAUGUGCUCAGAUUUCUGUUUUUUUUUUUGCUGCCUUUGGACUAAUUGCAGCUGCUUAUACCUUUUUUUUGGUCAUCCUGAUAGGGAGUACAUUGCAGUAAUCUAGACAACUAAAGACCAAAGCAUGUAUUAACUUUUUAGCAUGUUAAAGUGAUAUGAAUAAUCUAACAAUGUUUCUUAUGUGACCAAAUGCAUUUUUAAUAAUAUGCUUAAUGUACAAUGUGAAGUUUAGCUUUGAAAUCUAAAAUGACCCCGAGAUUCUUUACUUUUGGCCAAAUUAAGAAAGGGAGGUGAUAAAGUAGAAGACUGGCUAAUAUGAAGACAUUCGGCUACUAUGGCUCUUAGUUGCCAAGGUUAUCCUCCUUGCUAUUCUUCAAAUAUAUAAACUGUAUAUUUUUUAACCUGA